AGUGAAUGUCAUUUUAAGAUUUUUACGUUAGUUUUUGUAAUGGUACAGUAUACAGGCAGAAUUGUAACAAAUAAAGCCCGUCAGUUUUCACUUUCCGUAAUCAGAAGUUAUGCCACAACCACAGAAAGAUUUGUUCCUAAAUACAAAAGUGUCACACGUAAUGACGUACAAAUCCUUUCCGAGUUCAUUGACAGAGGACGGAAUAUUUUAGUUUUGACAGGUGCUGGUAUUUCAACAGAAAGUGGAAUUCCGGAUUACAGAUCUCAAGGAGUUGGCCUGUAUGCCACAAGCAAAAGCAGGCCUGUUAUUUAUCAGGAUUUUGUGAAAAGUGAAAAAAUCCGACAGAGAUACUGGGCUAGAAAUUUCAUAGGCUGGCCUGUGUUUUCAUCAGUUCAACCAAAUAUUUCACACAAAUUUCUUAAGAAAUUAGAGGACUUGGGCAAAGUUUGCUGGCUGGUGACUCAGAAUGUGGAUGCAUUGCAUUAUAAGGCAGGGAGCACCAAACUGACUGAGCUUCAUGGCAGCACUCACAGAGUUGCAUGCAUGAGGUGUGAUUAUAAAGUAACAAGAAGUGAGUUACAAGUAAUGAUAGAGACACUUAAUCCAACUUGGAGAGCUUUUUCAAAUGAAUUAGCACCAGAUGGUGACAUACAGUUAUCCCAGGAGGAAAUAGAAGGAUUCCAGACUCCACUUUGUCCCAAAUGCUCAGGACCCUUGAAACCAGAGAUCAUCUUUUUUGGAGAUAAUGUUCCAAAAAGUACUGUAAACUUUGUUUUUGAAAAAGUGCAGGAAUGUGAUCAAGUUCUUGUUGUUGGUUCAUCAUUAGAGGUAUACUCUGGUUACAGAUUUGUACUGCGGGCCUCAGAAAUGAGAAAACCCAUUUCACUUUUAAACAUUGGACCUAACCGAGCAGAUAAACUUGCUGAUCUGAAAAUAGAUGCCAAGUGUAGUGAUGUUUUAAAACAAGUAACUUUACCAUGGUAAAAUACUACCGGUAAUAUGUAUUGAAUUUUUGACCAGAAUCACAUUUUGUCAGGUUGAGAUUUUAUUUCACUCUUUGUGAGAGAAAUUGAUUUUAGAUAAAAGAUAUGGAAGAAAUCCUUAAUUGUUCUCAUUUAUUCAUGAACUUCAUACCUGUAUAUAUCUAGAAUUUCCAUUGAGCUCAACAUUUUUAACUCAGAAAAAUCUGCAAAUGGACACCCAUCCUACCUUAUCCCUGAAAAAUGCAGUUUGAUCCUUUAAAUUUAUAGGGGCCAGUAUUCUUGCAUAAAUUUUACAGCUAGGUUGGUGGUGAUAUAGUUUUGUGGAUGAAAAUCCUAUUUGAAUCACGUGCAUUUAAAUCCUAUAGAUCUGUAUUUGUUAGGGAUGUAUAUUCAUUUGGAAGAGGUACAAAAAUUAAACCCCAACAAAAUACAAAUAUUCCACAGCAUCUUAAAUCCAUGUUAGAGUAUUUUUAUUUUUUAUCGUACAUGGUUGUAGUAAUUGACUUUUGUUUGUAUGGAUUAAAAUGCAGAAUGACACUUACUACUUAGAAAUUGUAACUUUGUAAUGCAAGGCAUUACUUGAACAUGUUGCAAAAAUUAUUGAACUGUACAGUUUUUCCUCAAGAAAAAGUAUUUUGUUUGAAUACUGAAUGGACCAGCAUGUGUACAAUUAUUUACUAAGAUGAACAAAAUAAUUUUUUUCUAUGCCAAGAUUCUAGCAAUUGUUGAGGAAAUUCCAUUCUUAUAUAUUGAAAUAUAUUCUUUUAAUAUAAUCUACACAUUAUCUGAAUAUAUUGGUUUAGAAAACGAUCUGGAUCCAUGUCACAUUUAGUUGACCAUUUUCUUAAAAAAAAUCACUAUCAUAUUGUUGCAAAUGUGUCCUGUUGCAUAAUAAUUACAGUACUGCUCUUCUCCACAUGUAUUUACAUGUAACAUGUGUACUCUGGUGAAAAUAGCUGCAGAUCUUAGCCCCGUACUGGUCUAAAUUUGCUAAAAUAUAUUAAUUUGCUCUACAAAAGAGCAUCCCACAGUUAUCCUGAAAGGGUUAACUGGCACAUGUAUCCCCAAAGCAAAGAAAACAAAAUAAUUUUUUUUAAAUAAAAUAGAAUUUAUUGCUCUUAUA